AUGGGGUCAGUUGAACCAGCAAUCCCGGGGACGAUUGAACCGUGGAGAAGCAUAGGAGACAAGCUUAAAUCAUGUAUAAACGUUCAAAGCUAUGUACAAUCCUCCAUGAUUAUCUCCACUGCGUUAAAAGAUAUCAUGUGUGAUUACGCUCGACCAAACAUAAAUGAUGCAUGUUCAGGAAAGACCAUCACAGUCGUGCAGUUGCUUCAACAAAUAAGGGGAAAUAAUAUUCCUUUUUAUGGCAAGGUCUCAACAUUGCGCAAAUUAUUGCACGAUAUUGGGUUCAGUCACAUAAGAAGGAAUAAUAAUCGCUACUUGGUUGAACAACCCCAUAUAAUCGCUGCUCGGAUUGAGUUUCUUGGAAGAUAUAAGUAUUACUUUGACCGCAAAAGGCGCUUUAUCUUCCAAGAUGAGACGUGGAUCUUCCGCAAUGGUACUGGAAAAACCUUCGAGUGGCAGGAUUCCAGUACCCGAAGCGUCUCGUGUAAUAUUGCAAUAAAAUACAAUUUUGCAAUACUCAUCAAAAAACUGUCCAUGGAAUGCUUGAUUCGGUCGGAAAAACAACCCACAAGUGCGUGGAAGAAACCGGCGCUCAUCAAUUGGUUGACGGAAAAUAAAAUUCCUCACGACGCCAGAUCUACAGUUAAAGAUCUAUACGCGUUGUGUCAGAGUUAUAAAAAGCCAAUUAGCCAUGAAAUCACUGAAAUAAUCCAUAAAAGUGGCCAUGAAGUCCUCAAAACACCUCCAUACUGCUAUUUCUAUAACCCAAUCGAACUCGUUUGGGGCUUUUGUAAGCGUUAUUAUGAUGCUCAUGUGGCACCAGACUGCGAUUACAGUGAGAAGAAAGCUAUGCAAAUAUGGGAAGAAGCCUUAUCUCAAGUCACUCCCGAACGGUGGAAUCGAUACGUCGAUCAUACUGAGAAAAAACUUUGCGACUACAGACUGGCGCAAGUAGUGCGGCCAACAACUUCAUCUUUGACCCCCGCCACUUCACCAGCUGGUCUUCGCGCCCUGACAAUUUUGACAAGCAAAAUUGAUUCAAACUACCCCGAGUUUUGCAGUUGCGACUACAGACUGGCGCAAGUAGUGCGGCCAAUAUACUUCUUUGGUCCCGCCACUUCACCAACUGGCCUAUCGUACCCUAGCUAA